UGCGGGUCCGUGGCCGAGCAGUUCCUGCUGCUGGAGCUGCAGCAGAGCCGGUGGCUGCGGGCGCUGCCGCCGCCGGGCCCCGCCGUCACCCACGUUUACCGCCCGCUCGAGUACGCCUGGGAGCCGCACUGCCGCUUCGUGCGCGCCUUCUGCCGCGGGCCCAAGAGCGUCCUGUUCGUGGGCAUGAACCCGGGGCCCUUCGGCAUGGCCCAGACCGGGGUCCCCUUCGGCGAGGUGCGGGCCGUGCGGGACUGGCUGCAGGUGCGGGGAGGGGUGCAGCGCCCGCACCCGGAGCACCCCAAGCGCCCGGUGCUGGGGCUGAGCUGCACCCGCUCCGAGGUGAGCGGCGCCCGCUUCUGGGGCCUCAUCCGGCGCCUGUGCCCGCAGCCCCAGCGCUUCUUCACCCACUGCUUCGUCCACAACCACUGCCCCCUCCUCUUCCUCAGCGCCUCCGGGCGCAACGCCCCCAGCGACCUCCCCCCCCAGCACCGGGCCCCGUUACUGGAGCUCUGUGACCGGGCGCUGGUCGCGGCCGUGCGGGUGCUGAGCGCCCGCCUGGUGCUGGCCUUGGGCCGCUUCACCGAGCACCGAGCGCGCCGGGCCCUGGCCGCCGCCGGCCUUGCGGGUAACGGGGAUGGGGAUGGGGUCAGGGUGGAGGGCUUGCCCCAUCCCUCCCCCCGGAACCCCCGCGCCAACCGGGAAUGGGAAGGGAUGGUGCUGAGCCGCCUGCGGGAGCUGGGGGUGCUGGAGGUGCUGGGGGUGAGCGGGGAGGAAGGGGAGUUGGAACGAUUCCGCCCUGGAAAACCGUCCCCCGAAGGGAUAGCUCAGCCUACGUUAAAUGCUAAUCGCAACGGGAAGAUGGACUCGUUUGGGAGCGAAGGAAUCAAUGGGAAUCGGGGAUCCCCAUGCUCCAGCCCCCUCCGAGAUGCUGGGGAGCGGGAUACGGGGAGGGGAUGCCCCGGCGACGGCGGCUGCACAGAAACCGGGAGAUGA